AUGGCGGUCCGCCUGUGGCUCAUCACCCUGGCUGUGACUGCCCUCCUCGCCGUGGACAGAGAAGUGCCAGUGUCGGCAGUAAAGACUGUUUUCUCGAGGAUGCCCAUCUGUGAGCAUAUGGCAGAGUCUCCAACCUGUCCCCAGACAUUCAACCCAGCCUGUGGCACCAACGGGGUCACGUAUGACAACGAAUGCCAGCUCUGCUUGGCCCGGAUGAAAACCAAGCAGGACAUUCAGAUCACGAAGGAUGGCAAAUGCUGACGUCCACAGAAGCCCCUCCCAGCAUGAAGAGGCAGGCUGGAGAGACAACAUGAAA